AUGUGUCGCUGGAUGCGCAAAUGGACAUGGCUGUGCUCGGGUCAGCUCAGCCACAGUAAACCCUACUCGCCCCUGUAUCCGAUGCUGUUCAAAUCUGCUCAAUCGUGGCGAAAUGGUGGUAGUCAAGAUGCAGGAAUCACUGCCGACGAGUUCAAACAGUGGGUAAAGCGCCGAGAUCCACGCCACCCAUCAGAAUCUGCCUUUCAUGGUCUGGCAAUUGUGGAUUUACUUUCACCAGCUUCCGUAAUCGCCGAUCAUGCAGAUUUGCCGCCAAUUUUUGACAAAAAAAUUCUCACCGCUGACGAUUUCAACGGUCUAAUGCGCACCAGCUUGUCUGAGAAGGAAAUUGAGCGAAUGUUUCCCCAGGCGGAAAACGUGCUCUGCUACCAUGCUUCCAAUUAUUUGAUCACUGGCGAAAUGCUCGACUAUCUUCAGAAUAAAGGCGUACUCUAUCGAGUGCACUACUUUACUCAGUAUUUUAGAGCGGCUCCGUUUGAGCACUUUGUGGAAAAAUUGGCCGCCGAGCGCAUCAAAGCUCACAUGGCGAAAAACUCUGUCCUCUCGCUCAUCAUCAAGCUACUAAUGAAUUCGAUGAUUGGCCGUUUUGCGCUCGCCGUCUCUCGCUUCCUGUCAACUCGCGUCGUAGAUAGCUCACAAAUGGCGCAAAUGCUGAGAACGCCAAUGCGCCGCGGUACCAAGCACCUUCGCGCCGAAGAUGUCUCACUCGAUCCGCUGCAUGAAGUGACGCUCAACAAGCGCAACGUCACCGAAGACUUGGCCGUCCACAUUCAAAAUUUUGUCUAUUUGGGACGCGGUUGUACUUUUUUCCUUUUCCGUUUGCUAGUUCCAAGGGGCCGGGCAAGCGCCCGGGGGUGGGACCUCCCCCCCAGGCAUUUUUUAAUUUUUUUAAACGUAUGGGAGCCCGUAUGGGAGCCCGUAUGGGAGCCCGUAUGGGAGCCCGUAUCAACCAAAAAGGCCGCCAAAACCAACGAGAAUAUAAUCAAAAACAAGGAAGCAGUUAUCAAUUCACACGAGCGGCGACGUACGUCCCGACGGCUACACAGCAAUCAGAAAAUGAAAAGCCUGAAGAAAAAGGUUCGAGAGAAACUUGCCAAAAUUCUGGAAGAGCCAUACGAAAAGCCAUUACCGCCGCCUCCGAUUCCAGCGCACGGAAUUGAGCCGCCAGCGGCAGCGCCACUAGCGUCGCAGCCACAACUACCACCGGGACCACAAAAAGAAAAACCUCUUCGCCCAUUAACUUCGAUAAUUGCAAAGAAUCCAACCGAAACCCUUCAAAAACAACUCUUCCUUCCAGACAAUUGGCCGAAAUAUCGACUUGCGCCACCGGUCAAAUACGCUUAUCCAAAGCAAACACUUCUCGGCUGUAAUGGGGAACUGUGUCUCUCCUGUGGAAAGUAUUUUGAUGCAGAAUACUAUUUGGAAAUUGAUAGAUGCAUUCGCGAGCAAAUUAUGCAGAAAAAGGACUUGUGUUUUCCGACGCGCGCACCUCCUCACGCCUUUUUGGAUGAGCCGAUUCUACUUGUCAAUUGUGGACACAUAAUCUGCAACUCCUGUUUGAUCAACAAGGCGGCUCCAGUUCGUGUCAAUACGCACACAGUCUACAUGCACGACUUUCCAUUUGUUAUCGAUCAAGAAGACAUGGCCAAGAUGCUCUGCCCGUUCUGCAAGUCGAUCUUCAACUGGGACGGAGUUUAUCAUUAUUAG